AUGACCUCGACCGGGCCGCCUGCCCUCAUGUCGCACCAGAGCUUCCAGAGCACCUACUCGAGCUACUCGCACAGCAGCGCGCGCGACACGCAGAGCACCCAGGCCACCAGCAGCAGCACCCUCUUCCACCCCCCGCCCGCCUUUCCCACGUCCUCCACGCCCGUCAAUGGCGGGCCCGUCGAAGCCAGCGACAAUGUCCUCAACAAGCGGGCCGACAAGGACACCUCGCUGUUCCAGCGCUGCCUGACGCUGCAGAUGCGCCUGCGCUUCAUCCCGGGCUUCGACCGCUGGAUCGCCGAGGAGGAGGGCAAGGCCGACGACGAUGCCGACCCCGUCACGCUGCUCUGGCGCACCUUCCGCCGCGGCUACCCGCUCAUGGAGCUGUACAACGCCCUGGGGCCCCGCACGCUGCUGAGCAUCCCCAGCUCCAAGCAGGACGAGAAGAGCCUCAAGAAGAACGAGAAGAUGGCCUGCUACAAGUUCAUCCAGAGCUGCGUCGCCGAGCUGGGCAUCCCCCAGGAGAGCUGCUUCAUCCUCGGCGACCUGUACGGUGACGACACAACUGGUUUUGUGAAGGUCACCAACGUGGUCAACAAAGUGCUCGACGAGCUGGUCGCCCAGGGCAAGAUCGCUGGCGUUGCCGAGACCCUCGAGAAUGUCGGCGGCGUCGUUACCAAGCGCACCCAGCGCGAGCACAUCAUCGACGAGCUGGUCAAGACGGAGCGCACCUACGUGCAGCAUCUGGAGCUGCUGCAGGAGUUCAAGAAGCUGGUCGAAGAGAAGGGCGUCAUCAGCGGCGACCAGGUCCACGACAUCUUCCUCAACCUCAACGCCCUCCUCGACUUCCAGCGCCGCUUCCUCAUCCGCGUCGAGCAGACCAAUGCACAGCACCCGGACGAGCAAAAUUGGGGCAACCUUUUCGUGCUGUACAAGGAUGCCUUCAAGGUCUACGAGCCGUAUAUCGCGAACCAGAAGAAGUGCGAGCAGAUCGCCAUGCGCGAAUUCGACAAGCUGAAGGAGACGGGCGGGCCGGCAGAGAUGCGACAGAUGGUGGAAUCGCCGACUCUCCUCGCGUCUUUCCUGCUGAAGCCCUUCCAACGACUUACCAAAUACCCCCUCCUACUUCAGCAACUCCGAGACAAGGGCGAUCUAGACGAAGGACGACGCGAAGACAUCUCCAAGGGCAUCGAAGCAGCCUCCUCCGUGCUCGCAGGCACCAACGAUGCGAUUGCUCGGGAAGAACGCGUCGAAGCGGUCGAGGAGCUCAAAACGCUUGUAGAGGACUGGAAGGGCCACCGAAUUGAAGGUUUCGGAGACCUGCUUCUGCACGGCCAGUACACGGUGCUGAAAGGCGAGAGCAUGACUUCCAAGAACGAAGAGCGCGAGUACAAGAUUUACCUCUUCGAAAUGAUACUACUCUGCUGCAAAGAGAUCAACGUCAACAAGCCAAAGAACAAAAUGUCCACGCGAACCCUGGUCACUAAAGACGGAAAGCCCAAACUACAACUCAAAGGCCGCAUCUUCAUGCAAAACGUCACAGAGACCAUCUCCCUACAGAAGCCAGGCUCCUACACAUGUCAGAUCUUCUGGAAGGGCGACCCUGGAAUCGAAAACUUCAUCAUCAAAUUCACCUCCGAGGAAACCAUGAAAAAGUGGGCCAUGCAGGUCGAUACCCAGCGCCGCGUGUGGAAGGACCAGGCGCGCACCAGUGCCAGCACCACAGCCUCCAAGCCAUCAGAUACCCAGUUCGCGUACAUGCGCGAUCAAGUGCUCGAAAACCCCUACCAGGAAGACGACGAUGAAGAUGGCGACGAGGAUAUUGACCCCGUCACAGGCUAUCCUUACAGACAAAACAGUUCCACGCCCUCGUUGCGUUCGCGGUCAACGACUGGUGAAAGCGGCCCUCCAGAUGGAGACUCAAGGGUACCGCCUCCACGUUUUCCUAUGGGCUACAACGGUCAGCCAGCACUAACCCUGCGCACCCAGCAGAUACAGAAUGCCUCCAACAAUGAAUCCUACUUCUCACCUACGGCAGAAACACCAAUGCAAACUCCCAUGUCAACACACUCCAAUGCCCGCACAAGCUCGUCGUCGAACGGCACAUUCCCCUUUCCCCGUCAAGCUCCACCAAACGGAUAUUCUCACGAUGAGAAUAACCGCCACACUGCUCCUGCUCAGUCGCGCCACGGAUCCAGGGGCGAGAACGUUCAACACCCCCAAGGCCGUGCGAUGCAACGCCCGUCACUUCCGGCCAAUUCCACUCUUUCACAGCAAGGUAGAUUGCGGGCAGCUAGUAGCCCUGACAUCAACUCACAUCUCCAAGGACAAACACGAAGAGCGCCGCCGUCACAGCCAGUACCAGAUGUGCCACCUUUCCCUACCCACUACGCCUACAAUGCCGCGAUUGUCAACCGAAGUAACAGUAACUCGCCCAACAACCCACCGCCACGCGCUGCAACCCAGUCACCAGCGAUCCAAAGAGACCGCUUGAUACAGCAACGAACCGCCGCGGAGUUGGCCAACGCGAACAACGAGUACCACAACAAUGCCAUGCGCCGCGAUCCGAACUACCCAAUACGUACAAUGACGCCCGCAUCAUCGUUUGAGCGAAGCCAGGGCACUUUGACACCCGCAUCUAUGGAUUCACGAAACAUGUCGCCACCGCUUGGCCAAGACUCGAGCAUACCGACACAACUCAAAGUCAAGGUGCACUGCCCAUCAGCCGGAAGCUCGAUGGUUCUGGUCGUCAGCACCAACAUCAGCUACCAGUCGCUCAAAGAUCGCAUCGAUGCCAAGCUCCAGCGAUCGACAUCCGUCUCACUUGGCUCCGGCCAAGUCAAGCUAAAGUACCUGGACAGCGACAACACAUACGUCAGCAUUCAAUGCGACGACGACGUACAAGAGGCGUUUGAGAAUUGGAAAGAGCAGCAAAGCAAUCUCAACCCCGGCGGCGGCCUCGGCGAGAUUGAACUUUUCUGCCAACGGUAA